GCAUGAUUUUGUGUUUUAAAACGCAGCUCCUUGUUAAAAUGGGGUUGCUUUAUGUUUGGUGUAACGUCUCACCAACACAGUUAUAGGUCAUAUGGCGACUUAGCAGAUGUAAUCGUGGAGGAAGACCAUGCAUUAUUUCAUCACGAGUGGACACCUGGGUAGAACCACCGACUGGAUGGCUUCCUCACAUGUAGAAUUCAAUGUCCAUAGUAAGGCUCGAACCCACAUCGAUGAGCGGCAAGUGAUUUGAAGUCAGCGACCAUAAGCAAUUGGCCACGGCGGCCCCAAAAUUGGGUUGAUAUCGUCGCAAAGAACAUGAAACGAUAUAAGAGCAUUACUAAAUUUUAAUGAAAACUUUAAACAAUAUUAACAACAUAUUCGUCUAAAUGUAUGAAAAAAUUCUCUAAGUCUCUUAAUAGCUAUUGUUAAAACUACAGAGGGUGGGGAUGAAGUUUCGACAUGUACAUUGUCUUACAAUGAACUGUACAAUGUACAUGUGCAUUUACAGGGAGCACGUAAGAGACACUACAGUAUCCUUUCAUUGACAUAUGGUAGCCUCUGCUUUUAUGCAUCGUAACUACAACAUAAAAGCCGUAUUGAUGGACAAGGCUCGGGCAUCAACUGGGUGCUAUUAAAACGUUUAUUUGAAAGAUUGGCAAGCUAAUAACGUGUUUUAUUGCAUAGUUAUAACAGCAAAACGCUGACCUGAUGUUAUAUGAACACAAAUUCAGUAUCAAGGCUUUAAUUUUCUCUUCGAUGUCAGCAAUGGGUUGGAUAAAGGGAUUCUUUAACUUAUUUACCAUUGGAUUAGGAGUGCUUUCACCCAUGUUCUGUCAGAUAGACUUCGAGAGCAGCCAGUUCCAUCUGGUCAGACCGGAAGCUCGGUCCCGGGUAAAGCACGGCGACAAUCUAACAUACAUGUUUAGUAUCGCUCUCAAUUUAUCUUCACCGGCUGAUUUCAUGUCCAUCUUUGUUAACGGAUUCAACCUUCAGGUUUUCGACAACUCGGAUCUGCUUGAGACAAACUUCACAUGGCAAACUAAGGAUGGACGCACAAUAGAAAAGGACGGCGCUAGUGUGGUAGCGGAAGUUAUCAAGGAGUCAGAGCUGCACCCAGUGUCAGAAAUAGACCUGCAGAUUCCCUUAAUUGCCGGUGAAUUAGAGCUACGAAGAGUAACUGGGAAACUGGACCUUCACGUUACAGAUUCAGCCUCGCUUGGUAGUAUGCUACGCCCAAUGAUGUACAUUUCAUUGUUCUUGGAAGAUCGUGCCUUCUACCAAAGUAACAUAUUCGGAGACUAUGUUUUCAUGGAAUUACCGGAUGUAAAAGUCUCGGUGCCGGAACCACGUGCUUUAGAUAUGAAAGAAAAGGCUUCCAUCAUGUUGGACGUGUUUCUACCAACAACUCCACUGAAACCUUCUUUGCUAAAUGUUUACAUGCCAAAGAAUUUGUCACACCCUUAUGAUGCAGACAGCUUAUGCUUCGAGGAGCCAUACCUUACGGUUACAGAUUUUCAGUUUAUCGGAUACUCGGGCUUAUCUAUUGGUUCUUCUGGACUCAACAGCGAGACUAACCCUGUAUAUCUAUCAACCUCUCGAAGUUCAGAAAUUGAUUUAACAGCUUAUGCUGUUCCGGGUUUUGAUAAUAACGUCACGAUUUUGAAUUUAUCAGCAGAAUUGGACUUCCUACUGAAAGUGGAAAGUUCAGACUUUAUUGGUUCACAUGAAAACAUGGAAAUGAAGGUGGCACAUAUCCUCGAGUUUGGAGAUCAUUUCUUCAUCAUUAGAAACAGCACUCUGGUUGUAAACAGAUCCUUGAACGUUGAACGUACACCUAAACUUAAUUUUACUCUCGACCUAAUUGAGACAGUAACUGAAAACAAGCAAACCACAGCAGAGUUUCAGUUAAGGAUUUGGCAUACACAAAACGCAUCCUGGUCCUCGGCUUACAAUGUUUCAGUAUUAUUGUAUCUACCUCCCUUCCUUCAUGGCCUCGACAUGCAGAGAACCAGGGACGUCAUCAAGGCAAACACUGAUGUAGAAAAUAUCGUAAAUGAAAACUGCAUAAAAUUUACGAUGCAAAGGGUUUCCUUUGUACACAACGUACGUCUUCAGUUCGGACUGAUUUUAGACACCGCCCACAAACAAUAUGAGCAGAAUAAGGAGUUCCUGGUUAUUGCUGAAGCAAUGUACACUGGCUGGAGAGCCCCAGAUUAUAUUAGAGAUAUGGAAGGUUUUUCUUUCACUCUCAAUGUAACAAAAGAACAUGAAAUUACACCAGUCUGCGAAUGCAUCGAAGGCAAGUUUGCACAAUGUAAAUGCAGCAUAGUGACUAGCUGUGAAGAAAGGAUUGACAAUGUAUCUUGUGUGGACUGUAAUUACCCGUGGCACUGUAUGAGAACUCUGAGCGGUUAUGGAAAGAAAUCCGUGUUGAAAGACGACAAUGGCCUUUCAUAUGUUUGUGCUGCGACAAAGCGAUACAGGAGGUCCUUGGAUACAGUGACAUGUACAAAGCAGUAUGCCAAUGGUAUCAUAAAAAGGCUCCCGCCCGUAGUGGGUACGAUUUUAGGGAGAGAAAAAGACAGUGGUUACCUGUACGGAAUUUCACAAAAUGGACUUGCUUACAUCAUUAGUAUGGAUGGUGGAAUCACGUGGUACAGCAUUCACCCGAAAUUUUAUGGGCGCGCACAACAUUCUCCCAUGUUUGAAAAGGCCAUUCUAAAGUAAAAGUUAGAAAUUUCUUCAUUCUGGGAGAAAAAUACACUUUGUAUUACAAACCUGAUUAUGUGGAAAGUAUGGGAGUAAUAUCGGUUUAACUCGAAAGCCCAGUUGAUUGACUGUCCCGUUUUCACACUUUUCCACUGUAUUUGCAAAAAGCGAUAAUAUAUGAGCCGUACCAUGGGAAAACCAACAUAGUGGUUUUGCGACCAGCAGGGAUCCAGACCAGCCUGAUCCAUGCUGUUCGAUUUUUCAAGGCCUAUUCCAAUUAGAGAAACCGUUAGCGAACAGCAUGGAUUCUGACGCGAAGGCGCAGGCUGGUCUGGAUCCAUGCUGGUCGCAAAGCCACUAUGUUGGUUUUCCCAUGGCACGGCUCAUAUAUUAAAUAAAUAGAUGACAUUCCUCGGUCUCGUUAACCUCUGCAUACGAUAAUUGAUACUCGUUUUCAGACGUACAAUAAAGCAGAAGCACGGUUAAAUGGUCAAGACUGCAAAAGUAGUAUUUUAUUGCACAUCUGGAUCAGAACACAAAAAAGUUAAAGUUUUGGCAUUAUAGUUUUGCCAUGAUUUUAUUUCUAUCAAGAGGUUACAUUCUAUAUUUGACAAAUAAAUAAAUUCCAGUUA